AUGGCCGAGUCGACGGUCUACCACCGAGGCGCCCACAGCGGCCUCGAGGAUGACGACGGCGACGCGCUGCUGCCGUACGACAACGCCAAGCCGGCCUUCGCCAUGGACAACGGCGUCACAAGCACGCUGCGCUCGGCGUACUCGUCGUUCGUCACAGCGCUGCUCUACAUUCCGUCGUUCGUGGGCUGCUGA